GGUCAUGAUAUCUAUAAGUAAGAUCUGUUUCUCUGUCUUGUAACUCUUGAUCAACAUCACACAUGGACGGGUUGCACACUUUUCUGGUCUUUCUGUCGGGAGUUGUUUCCUGCAGUCAGAAUCAGUUUUCUGGAUCAGUGUUGGAGAUGACAGUCAGACCAGGAGACAACAUCACUCUCUACUGUGACUGCAAAUUAUCAACAGGAAUAUUCAUAGUGUGGUACAGGAACUGUUCUCAUGAAAACCAGCCGUCUCUUGUCUUAAAAACAAAAACAAGUUCACUGAUAGGCGCCACUAAUACUACUGGUCCUCUGCAGCCCUUCCACCAUUUUCAGUUUGUGAGAAACUUUUCUUCUGGAUCCUACGACCUUCUCAUUUUAAACAUCACUAAUUCAGAUGCGGGUCUCUACUACUGUGGAACUGAAAAGAAAACAGUGGAGGAUAAAGGAUACAUUAAUUACAGAUAUGUUUAUGAAUAUGGCAAUGUCACAACAAGGAUCCAAUUUGACUCCAGUGAGCUUCGUCACUAUGAGACUCCACAAGACUGCGAUUGGUGCUGGACGCUGCUGUUCUCUCUGUGUCCAACAUUUGCUGUUCUCUCCUCUCUCCUUUCAUCUCUUUUGGUUUAUCACCUUUGUCAGAAAACAGCUAAAGAACCUCAGGUUGAUGAGCAAACACAUGACACUAGAAGUCAAACAAGACUGAAUCAGGAUGAAGAUGUGUGUUAUGCUGCGCUGGAAAUCCGUCAGACAUUGCAGAGACCAAAGAAGAAGAAAACUGCAAGUUCUUACUUCAGCACUUAUUCUGCCAUCAAUACCUCUAGAGUGUAAAGAGUCACAAGAAGUUGUAUAAUGAAUUAAUUAGUGAUGAUACAUAGAGACUAUUCUGUAAUUUAGCUUGGAGUUAAGCAACAGUCAUUACCAUCAAUAACUGACCUGUAAGAAAAUGUGUAUGUAUAAACUAGCCUCCUUUAUUGUGAAGGUUGAAAGCAAUUGUUUGUUUGGAAAAGUUCAUACUAAACUCUACUUUAUUGUGUCUCCUAUGAGGAUAAAUAUACAGGAACUGUUGUUUUGCUGUAUUAUUCAGUAGUUCAUGAAGCCAUCAGUGCUUUCACUUCAACUGUUUCUGAUUGUUUCUAAGUGUUUUGGAUUUUCCACUGUUAGUGGCUUAAACCACAAAUUAUAUAAAUUCAUUCAUUCUUCUAAGAAUAUACAUGCUUUUAUCCCAUCAAGCCUGGAUAACUGUAACAGUCUUUAAACU